GUUUAUUUACAAAUUAUACUAUAGCUAUUAAAAAGAAUAGUUUUAACGGUGAUAUGCUAAUCCCAAUUAUUGCUUAACAACGAAUUGUUGGCUAAUAAUAGUAUUUAACUUUAUGCAACCAUAAAACAACCUUGCAUAAACUUAAUAGUACCUGCUAUUGUUACACAUUUGUAAAAUUCAGAAUCGUUUUAACAGGAGCAAUAUUUUUAGAGAUUUUUAUUGGAGAUGUUAGAGACUGAGACUGUCAAUAGCUACGGGUACACUGAGGCUCCAGGCAAUAACUUUUUUGACAGUGAGAAUCUCAAGUGCUUGAAGGCACCUUUAACCUCACCGGCCUUCAAUAAUUUUUCUACUCACAUGGAGACUAGCGCAGCACGUUUGGAGGAAACAUUGGAGUUAUUAAACUUGAGGUAUCAAACUUUAUUCUUCUUGGCCUCCGCUGCCCUUGUUACCAGCUCAGUUUUUUCAGUCACAAAAACUUUCGGAUUCAGUACCUUGCCCGGAUUAUUACUCUCACUCUUUUUAUUGACUAACUCAUUGCUUGUUAUGGUUUUGGAUAUUCCCGGGACUCCGAGGUGGGCAGCCAAGUACCGCAGACACAUAAGAAAGAACAUGAGAUUCUUGACAAGAUUAACUGGAAAAUCUUUGUGGCUUGCAGUAUUGGGUGCAUCGAAUAUGGUGACCUUGAAGUCCAACAGAAAGGUCGGAGCUCUUCGUUUUCUUUUCGGAACUUUAACCUCACUUUUCGUCUUUGCCGUAGCAGUUACCGGAUUUGCAAUUGCUGUAAGGAAAAGCUUUAGACUUGAAAAGGCAAGGAACGUCGUGAAGGAUGCAUCCAAAGGUGCCUAUAUAGACGUUUUCCGCAAAUAUGCUUUAUCUGACCCUGAACAUGGAAUGCAAUUCGAGGAAUUUAACAGGCUUUGUUCCGAUUACACUUCUGGCAGACUUCAAUUCGAUAUUGUUGAUCUUUAUAUAAUCUUUAAUGUUCUGGACGAACACCAGAAGUGUGCAGUUAACGAAAGGGAGUUUUAUGAGUGGCUGGCAGGCUCCCUUGUAUUUUUAUGAAGAUUUUAAAAAUGUAAAAUAGUUAAUUUAUUCCAAUAUA